ACAACAAUAUCUACAACACUAUGUGAUGGAUUCCUCAUCACUUUGCAUUGCAACAACACACACAAACAUGGCUGCCAAACUCACUCUCUCUUCUCCCCUUUCCUUCAAAACUUCUUUUCUGCCAAAAUCACUUCCAGAUUCUCUUGUUUUGUGCUCCCCAAGAACCAAUGUUACUGGUGUUAAAGUUCAUGCUAAAUUAGGUGGUGGAGAUGAGGAUGUCAAGAAAGGAGACAAGAAGAAAUUCAUCACCAGAGAGGAAGAACCACAACAGUAUUGGCAGACAGCAGGAGAAAGGGAGGGUGAGAAUCCCAUGAAGACUCCUCUUCCUUACAUAAUCAUAUUUGGUAUGUCAACUCCUUUUGUAAUCUUGGCCAUUGCUUUUGCAAAUGGUUGGAUUAAGGUACCUAUUCGAUGAGACAACACCUCGCUGUCUACUCUAUUUGUUAAUUCUCACGAAUUUUAAGCACUUCUCGAACUACAGCAGAGAAUUUGUUUACUUUUUCACUUAUGUAAGGACAUUAUGUUACGUCUCGUUUUCAUGAUCAAGAGUUUUCUCCUCCUACCACUGUGAAACUCCGGCUGAGAAAGCUUCUUCAUAGUGGCAGUUUGAUGACCCUUGUACAUUUUUAGAUUGAAAACAAAGGGAGAAGAAACAACAAUGGAUAAGGAUGUUUUUUUCUUCUGUUGGA